AGAAUAUGCACCUCCAACCUUUCCUAGAUAGAAGAAAAAGGUGAUACGGGCGGGGGUGACAUAUUUGGAGGAAAUUGGCUUCUCUUGUCCUCCUCUUACCGAUAUGAUAAGUCCUGGACCUGUCAGUUAAACCUGUCGAGGCACGGAAUAGAGAGAGACAGAGAAAGAGGUGAACGGUGAGCAGCAGCAGAGCAGAAGCAGCCAGAGCAACAGACCUUUUGCAAAUUGAUUCCAAUCUUACACGUGCUUGUGACCGAGACUCAUCAUGCCGUACGGUCCAUGGAUGGUUGCCGCAAGGUCAUUCGAAGGUUUUACUAUCGUCCGUCACACCGGAGUGUCCUGCCAACGAGGAGGAAAGCAGCCUUCGUUUUGUGAAUUCUCGGUGCCAUACGAAUGUUUCGAACGACUCCGAUGGACCACGAAGUAGACAUAUCCAGGAAUUGCCACGAAGUCUAAUGCGAAUUGCCUUUACAUCCCACAAUCAGGGAAAGCCUGAAAAUGAUGAGACGGAGGACCUUAGCUGAAACAUGACGAAGAUGAAGAUCAGUCUCACAGUCGGACUCUUUAUCCUAUUCCAUGCCACGCUCACAGCUGACGCUCAGCCAGGUUUUGUCAGUAUAGAUUGUGGAGGAGCUGAAGCUGGGUACACGGAUGAAGCGGGCAUCGACUGGGUUCCAGACGGAGACUACGUUUAUAAUGGGACGGUAGCAAAUGUGAGUGGGGCUGCCAGUCGCACGUUCCAGACUUUGAGAUACUUCCCUGGCGGUCAGGAAAAGUUUUGCUACGGUCUCGGUCCCCUGGAUGUCAGCAGUCGGUACUUGGUGCGAGCUUCUUUCUUGUACGGCAGCUAUGAUGCAGCGACGGCCUUUCCGAGUUUCCGGCUGUCAUUGGAUACGAGCCCCUGGGCCACCAUCACAAUUGUCGAUGCCUCUACUGUCUACACGGAAGAGUUCAUUGCAGUUGCCACGGGCACGAAUUUCACCGUUUGCUUGUAUAGAGGAACGACUGGAAAUCCUUUUAUAUCAACGCUGGAACUUCGUCCACUAGCCGCUGCAAUGUAUUCCGUUCCAUAUCUGGACAUUUCUUUUCUCAGGAGAACCGUCCGAAUCAACUUUGGAGCCCUCUCUGACCAGCCCCUCCGAUUCCCAGAUGAUCCCACGGACAGAAUAUGGGUUUCCGAUCGAGUUUACCCUCUGCAAGAUCCAGCUCCUCAAACGACAAAUAUCAGCACGACACGGGAUAUAAUUGUAAAUACGACUGAUAGGCCUCCUGUCAAAGUGAUGCAAACAGCUGUCGUCGGCGGACCUACCGGCCUGAGUUAUCGAUUAAAUCUGGCAGAUUAUCCAGCAAGUUGCUAUGCUGUCAUCUACUUUGCAGAGAUUCAGGAACUCGGGGCAAAUCAGUCUCGUGCAUUUUUUUUCCGAACAAAUAUAGAGGAUCAGAGGUUUGAUGGAGUGGUUCUUAACCUUGCGAGAGAUGUUGGUGUGUUCGAAGCAUUUGAACCUGGCUACUACAAUGCUACCCUUCCUAACCUUGUUACGUUCCAACUACUGGAAGACAACAGCUCAACAUUGCCUCCUUUGAUGAAUGCGAUGGAGAUUUACCAGAUCAUGCCUAUCGUUCCGGGAACCUUCCCUGAUGAUGUUACAGCACUCUCCACAUUCAAAUUGCAGCUUCCGCCAGAAGAGGUGGUUGGUGAUCCAUGUUUACCUGAACCUUGGGAUUUUCUGACCUGCAACUCAGAGUCACCCCCGAGAGUCUCUUCCAUAAAACUCUCUUCAAGAAAUCUAACCGGAAGCAUUCCCGCGAAUGUUGGAGGAAUGACAGGGUUGGUGGAUCUGUGGCUUGACAACAACCAGCUUACGGGGAGUAUACCAGACUUCGGUCAGCUUACGAGGCUGCAAACUCUGCACCUCCAGAAUAAUCAACUAUCAGGGAAAUUCCCCAGCUCACUUGGCGGUCUUCAGUCAUUAACUGAAAUAUUCGUGGAGAAUAAUAGUCUCAGCGGAACAGUGCCAGCCAGUCUUCUGGAGAAGGGAGGCGUCCUUAUCAGGGCGGAUGGAAAUCUAAACCUUUGCGCAAGCCUCUCUUGUGCGGAAUCCUCGGACAAAGAUCUGAAUCUCGCAGCUAUGGUUGGGGGGAUUGUAGGCGGGGUUGUUGUACUCGCCUUUGCUUUGUUGGCUUUCUUUUUCUGGAGAAAAUUGAGAAAGAGAACGACGAAGGAUCGUCAUGAAGCCUCACGACUCCCUUUUCAAGAACAACCAAGUUUUGUAAGUUCUGAGUUAGUGUCAAGUACGGACAACCCUGUUCACCCAGGGGAAGGAGCACGUCUAUUCCAUUUAGCGGAAUUGCAGGAAGCCACUGAGAACUUCAGCAGAGAAAUCGGCAGUGGAGGCUUUGGUCCUGUAUACUACGGAAGAUUGGGAGAUGGAGAAGAAAUUGCUGUCAAGGUGCUGUCAGCCAGUUCAAACCAAGGAGCAAGAGAAUUUUACAAUGAGGUGAAUUUACUUUCCAGGGUACACCAUCGGAAUCUUGUAAUUCUUUUCGGUUACUGCCUGGAUCUGAAGGAAAGGAUGCUCAUCUAUGAGUAUAUGCACAAGGGAAGCUUACGAGAUCAUAUUUACGGUCCUCUUUCUAAGGAAGAACCGUUUGAUUGGAUCACAAGGCUCAACAUUGCUUUGGAUGCAGCCAAAGGGCUGGAAUAUCUGCACAGUGGCUGCUGUCCAAGUAUAAUACACCGUGACGUGAAGAGUAGCAAUAUUCUUAUUAACGAAUCACUAUCUGCCAAGGUAGCAGAUUUCGGUCUCUCCAAACUCACUUCAGAAGGUGUAACCGCUGUAUCAACAGUUGUCAGGGGCACGGUUGGGUAUCUCGAUCCAGAGUACUAUAUUUCACAACAGCUUACGACAAAAAGUGAUGUGUUCAGUUUCGGAGUAGUUCUGUUGGAACUGAUAUCAGGACGUGAACCUAUCCUCGUCUCCAACCGCAGUGAUCCAGACUCAAACAUUGUAAAUUGGGCACGGAAUCUCUUGCAGAGGGGCAAUGUACAGAGUAUGGUCGAUCCCACUUUGGAAUCCAGUUACCGGAUGGACUCAAUGUGGAAGCUAGUCGAGCUUGCAAUCAGCAGUGUGGACCAGCAGGGUAAAAACCGGCCAACGAUGAAUCAGAUCGUGCUUGAGCUCACGGAGAUCAUUCGGAUGGAAAGGCCCAACAACACUUUCGCCUCAGCAAGCAUCACCGACUCGUUCCCUACUCUAUCGUCCGCAAGAAGUACCAGUAUGUCUCCUAGUAUGGAUUAUGAUACCUCCAGUGAGAUACCGGCAUCUGGUAGGCUGAGCGAAUCUUUCGAUUCCUUGACUGUAAGAUAAAUCUCGAGACUCUUGGUGCGUGAAGGGCAUUUUGGUGAAGGGACUACACCAGAGACGAAGCCUUCGAUACUUCGUUGUUGGGUGUUUAGGGUUCAAGACCUCCAUGUACAGAGUUGUUAAUUACUCGAUUGAAAUCUGACACGGGUAGGUCCGGUAUAGCAAGCCACACGCAAAUCUAGCUCGUAGAUCGGACGGCUCCCUUCAUUUUUAUUUAGAGGUGUAAGUAGUUGCAGGAGGCUGUGAAAUUCCCGUGAAGUCAUUCUUAUUCUUUGAAGAGGUUUCUCUUCUCGUCCACCAGGUGUCUGGAAUCAUGGUGGGCAGGUGCCCUCUCGGUAAAAUUUGAGGUGUAUUUAAGCAGCUCGAUUAAAGAACUCGGACGCAUACAUUAAUCCAAGUGACCAGCGUGUGGACUAGCUAGCUGUCUGUCACUUGCCCUCGGUCGGUCGAAGGUGU